UGUGGGGACUUCUUUUUCUCUGUGGUAUUGGUCUUGCCCUAGAUAUUCAAGGAAGGGCAAGUCUCCAUAUCAGACCUAGGUUUUAGCAUCGCUGGAGCCUAGAACUUUGUCUUCCCAGCUUACAGCAGGUGGUGUAAGACGCUACAAUUGUAUAAAGAAAGAGGGUUACCUUACACUCACAUGGAGCCCUUGGGUUUGCCCUGACUGCGACUGAGUGCACUGUUUGCUUAUCCAUCCUGCAUUCAUUUUUGUCUUAGGUGUGCAGGCGAUUGGGGAUCAUAGAAGUUGAUUAUUUUGGACUCCAGUUUACGGGUAGCAAAGGAGAAAGUUUAUGGCUAAAUCUGAGAAACCGGAUCUCCCAGCAGAUGGAUGGGCUAGCGCCAUACCGGCUCAAACUGAGGGUCAAGUUCUUCGUGGAGCCUCACCUCAUCUUACAGGAGCAGACGAGACAUAUCUUUUUCCUGCACAUCAAGGAGUCCCUCCUCGCAGGCCACCUCCAGUGUUCCCCGGAGCAGGCAGUGGAACUCAGUGCCCUCUUGGCCCAGACCAAGUUUGGAGACUACAACCAGAACACUGCCAAGUACAACUAUGAGGAGCUGUGUGCCAAGGAGCUCUCCAGCGCCACCUUGAACAGCAUCGUUGCGAAGCAUAAGGAGUUGGAGGGGACCAGCCAGGCCUCGGCUGAGUACCAAGUUCUGCAGCUCGUGUCGGCAAUGGAAAACUACGGCAUUGAGUGGCAUGCCGUGAGGGACAGUGAAGGCCAGAAGCUCCUCAUUGGUGUUGGGCCCGAAGGAAUCUCCAUCUGUAAAGAUGACUUUAGCCCAAUUAAUAGGAUAGCUUACCCUGUGGUGCAGAUGGCCACCCAGUCAGGAAAGAACGUGUACUUGACCGUCACCAAAGAGUCUGGGAACAGCAUCGUGCUCUUGUUCAAAAUGAUCAGCACCAGGGCAGCCAGCGGCCUCUACCGAGCAAUCACCGAAACACACGCUUUCUACAGGUGUGACACGGUGACCAGCGCCGUCAUGAUGCAAUAUAGUCGUGAUUUAAAGGGCCACUUGGCUUCUCUCUUUCUGAAUGAGAACAUCAACCUUGGCAAGAAGUAUGUCUUUGAUAUUAAAAGAACGUCAAAGGAGGUGUAUGACCACGCCCGGAGGGCUCUGUACAAUGCUGGUGUGCUGGACCUCGUCUCGAGGAGUGGCCAGAGCCCUCCUGGCUCCCCACUCAAGUCCUCCGGGAGCAGCAUGAACUGCAGAAGCUGUGAGGGCCUGAGCUGCCAGCAGACCCGGGCGCUGCAGGAGAAGCUGCGCAAGCUGAAGGAAGCCAUGCUGUGCAUGGUGUGCUGCGAGGAGGAGAUCAACUCCACCUUCUGCCCUUGUGGCCAUACUGUGUGCUGCAAGAGCUGCGCGGCCCAGCUGCAGUCAUGCCCGGUGUGCAGGUCUCGCGUGGAACAUGUCCAGCACGUCUAUCUGCCAACCCACACCAGUCUUCUCAAUCUGACUGUUAUCUAACAUGUCCUUCAUUGGUCGGACGCGCCACGUUUCCAUGAACUGCACUAUUGUAAACUAUAAGAAUGAUAGUUUUGUGGAGAAAAUAAUUUCACUCCCAACACCCAUCUGCCAUACAACAUUUAAACCACAAAGAAAAAAGAAGAAAAACAAGAAUACAGCUACUCCUCACUGCAGAAACGCAUCCAUGCGUAGAGCUAACGGACCCACGGAGGGGACCAUGGAAGAACUUCAGGCACACACUUCCCUUGGACUUUCAUUUUUUUUAUGAUCAAAUAAAGGGACAGGUAAAAAUCUUUGUCAGUUAAGUGGCAACAUAGCCAAAAAGUGGGUACCUUUUAGGAAAUGAUGUUGUAAGUCUCCAUAAUGUAUCCCGAGGUAAGUUUCCUACCUGCAGCCGAUUUUGUAAGUAGUUUUAGGAAUUUACUUGGUUCUUUUUGUAUGGUCAU